CUCAUCCUCAAACUCCUCAGGACGAGCCUGCUCCCCCGGAUACCUCCAACUCUGUCAGAAUCGUCCCUCCGAGAUCAAUGUCCCAGGCAUCGAUACCCACCUCUUUGUAUACCAUCGCCACGCCUACCUCCCGCGCUGGCCAUGGCAUCCCGGAACUGUCUAGGGACAAACCCGCCCCGCCCCUCCCGCCCUUCGCUCCUCAGAAGUCCCCUGUUGUACCUCAGAAGAAGGAUGACGAGGCGGACGACAUCCUGGGUGAUGCGGGUGCAGCGCUGUUCUACAUGCAACAUAUGCAGCAGCAAGACGGCGCAGUGCCCGUUCGCAAGCGCGGUCCGCCGCCCAAGGCACCGCCGUCUGACGAGGACGAGGAUGAAACCGCUUCUGAGUCUGAAUCCGAGGUGGACACUCCCCCUUCUCGCACGGCGAUUCCCCCCUUGCGAGCUCCUCGGCACGCCAGCCCUUCACCGCAGGAAAGCCAGAAGCCUCCUGCGGUGCCCGCGAAGUCGCGCAGGCAGUCUACCGAUCAGCGUGCCUUCACGCCUACGGAAGAGGCGCCCGCCGCGUCCAGGCCAAGCUCGAGCACAUUACGUAACCGGCCUUCUGGCGCACGUGCGGCGCCGUCGUCGACACGAAUGUCAGCCUACCUGCAAAACUCUUUCUCCCCAGACCACACUGCGAGCGAAAACGCGACGGACACGACGACGACGACCGCGACCAACACAGACAAGGAAGAGGACCGCCCCACCAACACGAUGGCUGCCGUUGUUCACGACUCGGGCUCUGCUCACGACCACGGCUACGACGACGCGGCCGACGCGCUAGCAGCGCUGUCCUUCCUCGAGCGCGAAGAACACCCCCAACCCCCUGCAGCAUCCCAGUCCCCAUCACAGACACAGCCGUACUCGUCGCCGUCGUCGCCCCCACUCCCAGAGUUCACGACCACUCCAGCAAGCCCGUCCCAGACGCGUGCCAACCCGGCAGAACCCCGCUCGUCGUUCGCUCCCACGAAGCUCGCCGCACAACGUAAGGCCAAGUCACAGGCCCAGCAGGCCGCGCAACAGGCCGCCGCGCACAGACCAGGGAAGGCGAACGGCAAGAAGGGCAGGCCGACGGCGGACAGUUCAGCGUGGGGCGAGAGUAGCGAGGAGGAAGAGGAGGAGGAAGAAGAGGAUGAGGAUGACGUGGACUCCGAUGAUGAACCUGCUCCACGGAGGACCAGUGUGAGUGAUCAAGCCUCUGCCCUCGGACACGGCGCGCCCCCCAGCGCCGGCGCCCGCUCCCCCUAUGCACAGACAAGCGCAGGCUCCCCCGCGCGCUCGCAAGUCGAUGUGAACAACGGCGCGUACCCUGGGUCGCGCCAGCCGCGUAACCUUCCCCAAGUACCCGGCCAACGGCCAGACCAAGAGGAUUACCUCGGAGCACAACCCCAACCCCGCCGCUUCGUGUCGGACAGCUUCACGGAUGGCGGUCGUCGCAGCAUGUAUCCGGAGGGCAUGAGCAGGCAAGCCUCCCCUUCUUUGGCCGCCUCCUCGAUGCGUCCGGGCUCCCAGUAUCCGCCACAAGGGUCCGCGCCACAGCAACAGACGCCGUCACGUCCGAUUUGGAGUCAAGUCCUGGACCCCGAUCAUCCUCAGCUCAACAACGGUCGGGAUACCUUCAUCCAAAUGGAGGCUCCUGCAGCUGCGAUGACCAAGGCCUUCACACCGCACGGUCUCCUCUCUGCUGGCCUGCAAGACAAGCACGAUCGGUCUGCGAAGAGGCAGGAGGAACUCGCAAGGGAAACGGGCGCGUCUCUCAUCAACGUCCCGAACAAGCCACCCCCUCCCCAAACCGGUCUGCUAGGUGCUGUGACUGCCCACGAGCGAGAACGCAAGCGUGAGGGAGGCAUCGGUGCCGCCCUUACCGAGCGCGAACGCGAGAAGCGGAUGGUCGAGGAGCGACAGCGCAAGAUCGACGACCUCCAGCGGCAGCAGCUCGACCAGAUGCAGCAGGGUGGCUCGAUGUACGGCGGCAUGGGCAUGAACCCGAUGGGCUUCAACCCGAUGAUGGCGAAUCCGAUGAUGAUGGGCAUGAACCCCAUGAUGACCGGCGGCUGGGGCGGCUACCCUGGCAUGAUGCCCGGCUUCGCGAACCCCCAGCAGCUCUUCGCCGCCCAGCAGGCCGCCGCGCAAGCGUACCAGCAGGCGAUGGUCGCUUUCUCUACCGCCGGCUCCCAGAUCGGUGGCGACGGUGGCUCUCCCGGCGCGCUCAACCCGAUGAUGACGGGCGGCUCGAUGGGUAUGGGGGGCAUGGGAGGCUACGACCCGCGCAUGUCGAUGAUGGGCAUGCCCAUGAUGGGCACGGGCAUGAGUCAGAUGGGCAUGGGCGGUAUGGGUGGCAUGAACCCCGGCAUGGGCGGCGGUAUGACCCCUGGCAUGGGCGGCAUGAACCCGAACAUGGGCAUGGGGAUGAACCCGAUGAUGGGCGGCGGGAUGGGCAUGCAGAUGACGGGUGGUUCGAACUUCGACCCCCGUUUCUCGCCUGGGGCUGAAGGCGCCCCUCGCCAACCCUUCGAGCCUACCUCCUCCGGCCUGCGCCCCACCUCUUCGCACCCCAGCUCUCCCGGCCCCUCCCCCGCUGGCUCGCGCCCCACCGAUUCUGGCGAGAACUCGCAGAACCCGUCCGGCCCGCCGUCGACUACUCAGUGAUCUAGAAGGCGUCUUGCAGUGGCCGAUGUCGCUCGCUUCCCUCCAUGGACUGCUUUUUCUAAUACCUUCAUUUCUGUGCAUUUGAGACCCACCUACUCUGUGAUAUCUCGUACCCCCUCUCGCUCUCUACUCGGACCGCACCCUCUC